AUGGAUUUAAUUGAUACAAAAGUAAUUGAGUUGAGUUCUAAAACAGGUAUCCCAGAUGAUUAAUUAAGAAUGUUCAUAGCAUUAAUACUAUGCACAUUAUUUGGAUUCUUUUUCAAAUUAUCCAUUAGAGGUAAUUAAUUGAAUAGAUGAUUUAGGAAGGUAAGCUAGAUUGAUUUUUGGGUCAGUAUUUGGUGUGUUCAUUACUUACUAUUUAUAUAGAUGUUAAAUCAUUAAUGUGUUGUUAUAGACAAUUGUAGUUUAUAUUAUGGUGAAGGUUUUAGGAAAGAAAAGCCCUUGGCCUGUAUUUAUAGAAUCAAUGAUUUUUGUGGCUGCUCAUCAUAUAUAUAGAUAAUAUACUGAUUAUGGAGGAUGGAAAAUGGAUGUGACUACAAUUUUGAUGAUGGAUACUCCAAAAUGGACUGCUUUUGCAUUUUGUGUUAGUGAUGGUUUAAAAACAUAAUUAAGUAAAGAAUAGGAAAUUAGAAAGAUAUCUAAAUUACCUUCAUUCUUUGAAUAUUUUUCAUUUAUUUUCUUUUUUGCUGGUAGUAUAUUGGGACCAUGUUUUGACUAUUACGACUUUAAUACAUUUAUUAAUGAAGAAAAUGAAUACAAAAAUAUUCCAUCAACAAUUAAAGAAACUUUAAGAUUACUAAAAAAUGCCUUAAUUUGUAUGGGUAUUUUUUUAUUUACUGAAAAAUACUUCCCUUUACAUUUUGUCACCACUGAUGAAUUUGGAACAUACAACAUUUUAUAUCAAACUCUAUGGUUUAAUAUUAUGGUAGCAAUUUAAAGAACUAAAUAUUUUGGAGGUUGGUAAAUGGGAGAAAUGAGUAUGGCAUCAUGUGGUAUCACAUAUUAAGGGAAUGGAUAAUUUUAAAAAAUUAAAGCUGUUGAUGUAGACUGGGAUUUAACAUACAAUAUGAAAGAUAAAGUAGAAAAGUGGAACAUUUCUAUUUAAACUUGGUUAAGAAGAUAUGUAUACACUCGCAUAUAUACUGAAGAAGAAAUGAAGAAAAGUCCAUCUAAAUAAAACAUUGCUUAUCAAAUGACAUAUGUUGUAUCGUCCUUAUGGCAUGGCUUUUAUAUUGGUUAUUACUUUUCAUUCUUUUAAUGGGCUAUUUUAAAUAAUGUUAAUAAAGCUAUAUUUAGAGUAUCUUGUAAUACUAAUCAUUUGAAAAUAUUUGAAACUAACCCUUUAGCUAAAUUCCUUAGAUGGUAUUUAGCCAAUACUAUCUUUAACGUUUUUGGAAUUACAUUUUUAUUGUUGAGUGUAGACCCAAUUCUAAAAUUCUAUAGCAACAUUAGGUAUAUACCAUAAAUUUUAUUAUAUGCAACAUAUGCUUUCUUCUUAAUUACUAAAUUCGGUUAGAAAAGUAAAAAAUAAAAAGAAUGA